AUGCCUCAGCCUCCUAUUAUGGGAGAUAUUCCUGCUGUAAGACUUUCUCAAGUAAAACCUUUCUCUGAAGUUGGAUGCGACUAUGGUGGUCCAUUCUCUUUAUUAAGAUAUCGUGCACGAGGUGCUAAGUCCUGUAAAGCCUAUAUUUGCUUAUUUGUGUGCAUGGCCACGAAAGCUUUGCACUUAGAACUAGUUUCCGACCUUUCCUCCGAGACUUUUCUUGGUGCACUGCGUCGAUUCAUUUCUCGUAGAGGUCGCUGCAAUCAUAUUUAUUCAGAUUGUGGAACGAACUUUGUCGGAGCUUCUAGAGAACUGAUUAAUAUGCUAAAAUCCGCCGCUGAGCAAGAACAAAUUUCCUGGCACUUCAAUCCUCCAAGCGCGCCUCAUUUUGAUGGCCUGUGGGAAGCAGGAAUAAAGUCUGUAAAAACUCACAUUAAAAGGGUUAUUGGUGAUCAAUUGCUCACGUAUGAGAAAUUUUAUACGCUACUGGUUCAAAUAGAAGCAGUGCUUAAUUCUCGUCCAUUGUGUCCACAAAGCUCUGAUCCUAAUGACUUGUCAGUUCUUACUCCAGGACAUUUUUUAACCCUAGAGCCGUUAAACGCCCCUCCGGAAGAUGAUCUUUCCGGGAUAAAAUUAAAUCAUCUCUCUCGCUGGCAGUUGAUAUCACGGUUGCACCAAAGCUUUUGGAGCCGAUGGUCUAAAGAAUACCUUCAAACACUUUUACAAAGAGCUAAAUGGCAUGACUCUACUAUUCCAAUAGAAAUAAACUCGGUUGUUUUAAUAAAGGAUGAUAAUCUUAUUCCGCUCAAAUGGAGCAUUGGAAGAGUCUUAGAGAUUCACCCGGACCAUGAUCGUGUUACACGCGUGGUUACUUUUGAAAACAGCAAAAGGCAUUCUUAA